AACGUUUGAACAUCUCGAGGUUCCGUGUUGCUCGAUUAGAAGCCGGCCUGUUCCAUACACACCUACGCGGUAGGAAUAGAUGCCCAACGUGCCUACAUUACGAGGUUCCAGCAUGCCUGUAUCAAAUGGCAGGUAACCUACCUACCUAGGUAGGUAGUGCAGCUUGCCACGGUUGCUGGGGAUCUCGGGUUCUGCGUCGCCGUCGGAUUUCGCUCGGGACUUACCUAGGUAGGUAUCUAGAUAGCCACCUGUAUUAUUACCAGCAGAGAAGGUAAACACAGGUACCUACCUUAUGGCAUCUACCUCCAAUGCCCACACUACAUGUCGAUCUGUCAGCGGUUACCAACAGGUUUUCUUUCUUUCUUCUCUCCCUUUCCUCUCUCCGGUUUGGGAGGCUGGUGGGACAGGGUGGCUUACUAGGUACCGGCUGUGUUCUCGCCCUCGCUCGCUGCAGCUUAUCUCCCGGAUCUGGUGCAUCUCGGGCGACGUGCCAGAGACCGCUCUACUCACGUGUCAGACUUCGGACCGGGUUUGUAGUGUUGGCUCCGCAAAGCACAGGCCAAGUGUCGACGCGAACUGGCGACGGGGCUGCCAACGUGGGCGCAAAACCUCAUGGCUUGACAUCAUCCAGGCUCUCUCAGCGGCGCCCCGGAGUCAUGCGAGCGAACGAGGGCAGGGCCAUGGGCACACAACAGGAACACAUGCAAACCCAAUGCCCCAGGAAGGAUUUUCGCUCACGUCGAAAUCGCCUUGCCGAUCUAGCGAGAUGCAAGAUCUAGAAGAUCAGCUCUCGAGAUGCCGGCCGGGUUUCCGUCCCGCGUCCCUUUGUCCCUUUGUCCUCCUUGUUUUCGCUCUCUCUCCAUCCCGCCAACCGAGUACCCAGAUACGUACGCUGCUGCAACGCAUGGUCCAGGUCGAUCUCACCGACGGGUUCCGACGCUACGCAAUACAUGUCACGUAGCCAGUCCGGAAUAGGCACGGUUGGUGAUCCAUACACGUAUGAGUACUCGUAUGUCGGUCCUGCCCAGGCCUGCCCCACACAGUAGGACGCAGGUGGCUUGGUGGUUCUUAGGUACCUAACCUGAACUGCCCCGCGGGGACUCGCAAAACAGCAACGACGUGUAGUACCAGCAAAACAACAAGCGAAGGGCAGGAAAAAGGGGUCCUUGAAGCGGGGCCGACGCUGAUUUUGUUAUCAUCGGCGUUUGAUUGGCUUUCUACGGCAACGUUAGCUGCAGUCCCAAGUACUCUACGUACUCCGCGCCCGUCGCCCGAUUGGGCCCCUAUCCGUGCAGGCGUGUGAAG